AGUUUUUAUUUAGCUGAAUGAUGAAAUUGUUUAUACUAAAGUUGGGCUCUUUAACUUUUAUGUAAAAGUUGUUCUUUCCUUGUUAACUGUUAUCUGUCGCUAACAAAGCAAGUAAAAAAAUGCACAUAAUGACAACAGAUUUAUCUUUAGAAGUGUUUGCAAAAUUUUUGGUUUGGAUACAAAAGAUCAAGUGAAAAUGAUAUUGGAAAGGUACACUUUCUUACAUCUAAACAUCAUUGCAGCUUUCUAGUCUUCAUUUUUGUUUAUGUGUAUUUCAUCUGUGUUGCUAAUGAUAUCGCCAGUUUUUAUGAUUUUAUGUUGUUAAGUAAAGCAUCAUUAUGUUUCAGGCUAAAAUAGAGCUUUGAUUAAUACUUUUAUCCAGUUUAAAUGAACAACAAAUCUCAAGGUGUAUUAGCUGAAUUAUCUUUUCGUUUUGAUAGUCUUUUCAAUAACGAAUUUUUUAAUUGUUAUGAGUCUACAACACUUAAUUUCAGCGAAAUUCAAUUAAAAAGUCACGUCAUAGUAGACAGAAAAAUAUCAAUAUCUGUUUUCAAUAACUUGGCUUUUAUAGCAAAUCUGAGAGACUGUUUACUGUUUGACUUCUAUCCCAAUCUAACCUUAGUGGCUUCAAAAAGAAAGGACCGUGCUGGAAACAUGAGGGGGUUAAAAGGAUCAUCCUUUUUUGAAUUAAUAGUCGAAGUCGUAACCAGCUCGUAUGAAAGGAUUUCUCGACGUGAAAUAGUUAAUUUUAUUCAACAACGCCAAGAAACAAAGCUCGCUCAAGAAACAGAAAAGAAAGUAAAAGAUAAAAAAAAAAUUUGUUGA